AUGAGCUCUGAGGAGGCGCGGCACCUGUUCUUUCAGACUCACAUGGCAACAAAAUCUUGUAUGUCCUCCCAAGUAUCUGAUGAUGAACAGAGAAAAAGAGAAAAUAUCCGUUCUUUAACUAUGUCUGGCCAUGUUGGUUUUGAGAGUUUGCCUGAUCAGCUGGUCAACAGAUCUAUUCAGCAAGGCUUCUGUUUUAAUAUUCUCUGUGUUGGGGAGACUGGAAUUGGAAAAUCAACAUUGAUUGAUACAUUGUUUAAUACUAAUUUUGAAGACCAGGAAUCCUCACAUUUUUGCCCACAUGUUAGACUUAAAGCUCAGACAUAUGAACUUCAAGAAAGUAAUGUUCGAUUGAAAUUGACCAUUGUGAAUACAGUGGGAUUUGGUGACCAAAUAAACAAAGAAGAGAGCUACCAACCAAUAGUUGACUACAUAGAUGCUCAGUUUGAGGCCUAUCUCCAGGAAGAACUGAAGAUCAAGCGUUCUCUCUUUAACUACCAUGAUUCUCGUGUCCAUGCAUGCCUCUACUUCAUCUCUCCAACAGGCCACUCUCUGAAGACACUGGACCUCUUAGCCAUGAAGAGCCUUGACAGCAAGGUGAACAUUAUACCAGUGAUUGCCAAAGCAGAUGCAAUUUCUAAAACUGAAUUACAGAAGUUUAAGAUCAAACUUAUGAGUGAAUUGGUCAGCAAUGGUGUCCAGAUAUACCAAUUUCCUACAGAUGAUGAAACUGUUGCUAAAAUUAAUGCUUCAAUGAAUGGACAUUUGCCAUUUGCUGUUGUAGGAAGUAUGGAUGAGGUAAAAGUUGGAAAUAAGCUGGUCAAAGCUCGCCAGUACCCUUGGGGUAUUGUACAAGUGGAAAAUGAAAACCACUGUGACUUUGUAAAGCUUCGGGAAAUGCUCAUUUGUACAAACAUGGAGGAUCUGCGAGAACAGACCCAUACGAGGCACUAUGAACUGUACAGGCGUUGCAAACUGGAGGAAAUGGGCUUUUCUGAUGUGGGCCCAGAGAAUAAGCCUCUCAGUCUUCAAGAGACCUAUGAAGCCAAAAGACACCAAAUUUAUGGGGAACGUCAGAGGAAGGAAGAAGAAAUGAAGCAGAUGUUUGUGCAGCGGGUGAAGGAGAAAGAAGCCAUACUAAAAGAAGCGGAAAGAGAGCUGCAAGCCAAAUUCGAGCACCUCAAAAGAGUUCACCAAGAAGAGAGAAUGAAGCUUGAGGAGAAGAGAAGACUUUUGGAAGAAGAAAUAAUCUCUUUCUCUAAAAAGAAAGCUACCUCCGAGAUAUACCAGAACCAGACCUUUAUGGGCAGCAACCUGAAGAAGGACAAGGAUCGUAAGAACUCCAAUUUUAUGUAA